AUGGAGGCUGCCAACGGAAGCAGCAGUGACUCUAGCAGACCGGCCUUUUCCUCAGGGCUGGCGUCUCCACCUCCUGCAGCAGCUUCCUCUUCGCUGUCCAUGGCCUCUGGGGUAGCCAUCCCUCCAGCCUUCCUCCGGCCUCCUAGCCUGUUCUUGCGGGCAGCAGCAGUGGCAGCCGCCGGGAGUGGAGCUUGUACCCCCGCUGCGGGGCUAGAGAGGAGGGUUGGGGCCUUGGGCUGCGGAGGGUACCCGCGGACACCCAAGUGCGCCCGCUGCCGCAACCACGGGGUGGUGUCUGCACUCAAGGGCCACAAGCGUUUCUGUCGUUGGCGGGACUGUGCCUGCGCCAAGUGCACCCUCAUCGCUGAGCGCCAGCGAGUGAUGGCAGCGCAAGUUGCGCUCCGCAGGCAACAGGCUCAGGAGGAGAGCGAAGCCCGAGGGCUGCAGAGACUCCUCUACCCCGGGCAGGUCACUGGCAGUCGGGGAACUGGAGGCUGCGCUGGCUCGGAGCUUUCCUCAGCGUCGGGGGGUGGAGUGGGGGCUGCCGAAGGGCUAAACCUGGGCGCUGGGGGUCUAGGAAGUCGGCGGGCUGCUACCUUCGAUAUUUUCCACCCAGAUUAUCAGGAAGAUAAAAGAGAUUCAAAGGUUCAGAAAGUUGGCUCAUACUACAGUAGUCUAGAUAGUUCAAUAAUCACCUCACAUCAGCUUUCCUUGCUCUCUCCUGAGUCUAUUGGUGCUAAUGUAGAUGAGGAAGAGAAGCCAUCUGGAUCAGAAAACUCAGACAAGGAAGAGAACAUUCAGUCCCCUCACCCUGAGGAACAGUCAGAAGGUAUGGAGAGUCCUAGAUCAUUGUCGUCCUCUGAUGUGGAAUCAGGAAAUGAAAGUGAAUGGGCCAAAGACUUUGCUGCUGCUAGGUCCAGUCUUCCCACAGUUUCUUCCAGACCAAGAGACCCACUUGAUAUUCUUACUAAGAUUUUCCCAAGUUACAAACGCAGCCGGCUAGAAAAUAUUCUGCAAUAUUGCAAAGGAGAUGUAGUCCAAGCCAUAGAACAAAUCCUGAAUGGAAAAGAACACAAACGAGAUACUGUAGACCUUGCAAACUCAAUGGGAGCUGAAUUGACAGCUUUGCAAAGAACUAAUUUUAGCCUAGCUGGGCUAGGUAUAGGAACACUAGGGAAUAAAUCAGCCUUUUCUCCUUUGCACAGUAGUUCUACUCCAUUUGGUGGCGAUCCAAAUCUCUACAGUCUAAAUCCUAGGCUAGGUAUCAGUCCAUUACGCCUAUCAUAUUCCUCUCCAGGAAGAGCACUGUCUGGUUUUAUGUCACCCUACCUAACAUCUGGGCUGGUUCCAGCUUUGCCUUUCCAGCCGGCUAUAGACUACUCAUUUUCAGGAAUGAUCAGGGAUGCCUCUUGCUUUACCAGCAAGGGCUCAGUGACCAGUAGUGGACUCUAUUCCAGAUUAAAUCAGGAAAAUCAGUAAUUUUUUUUCCUUUU